CUAUCACGGCGUCUAACCUUGGGCCGGUAGUCAGCUUGCUGACCUAGAUCAUGGUGGCCUCGGUUGUCAUCGCGGUUGGUAUCAAGGUCACCCUGUCGUCCAUCGUCCACAGAAAGCGCAUUACGGAAGACAUUGCUCUAAUUCUCGCGACGGGCUUCAGUAUUGGCUUCUCGAUUUCAUUGUCUCUUGCCGUGGCAAACGGAAUCGGGCAACAUCAGGACGCAUUGUCAUCGCAUCAGCUAAAGUCGUUGCAGAAAGCCGUUUACUCUGCCAAUAUCCUGCUUAUUCUGGUCUCAAGCUGUGUACAGGCGUCAAUUCUCUCCUUUCUCCACGAGAUCACACCGGACCGUCUCCACCGAAGGUUGAUUUAUGGUGUGGCGGGCUUCAUCGCCCUGUUCUUCAUCCCAUCUUUCUUCGUGGCCGCUUUUCCUUGUCAUUCACCCGAUGUGUGGGGAGUCCUGGGGGCUCAAUGCAUCGACCAACUCUCCUUUUGGGAAGCAUUCGCGGGGGUGAACCUUGUGAUUGAAGGCACCUUGAUUCUUCUUCCUGCCCUCAUGGUCCAUCCCUUGAUGAUGAACAGAAGACGGAAGGUCAUAGUGAUCAGCGGCUUCGCCGCUCGGCUCACGGUCAUCGGAGCUUUCGUAGCACAGCUCUACGAAGCUCAAAGCUUGAAGACCCACAUUCUUGAUUGGACUUUUCACGCUUGGAAAUACCUCCUGACCAUGGUGUUUGUGCAGGGACUCAGCAUCAUCACAGUCUGCAUCCCCUACAUUAGGAAUUUGCUUCUGGGCAUGGAGUCAGGCAUGAUACAGACCGGCCAUUUCAAGUUGCCGAACAGGCGCAGCAUUGACACUGAGAUUUCCCUUCAACCUAUCGCAAUCGGCAAGAUGAGUACCAACUCAUUCGGUAACGCAAGAACAAAAUUGGAAGUUCCUGCUACUUGCCAUGGGAAAAACGAUGGUCACGUUUGAAGGAGGGCAUAAUACUUGGGGCACGAAUUCAUUCCGGGCAUCUACCGUAGCUCAGCCGACAGAUACAAGGCUGGCAUCUCCUACCCGCCCCAAUGAUAAAUCGCUUAUUGUUGGAUAAAAAUUCUAG